GCUGGAUGAGCUGGUCAGACUCAUGGUGGACAUCCCCUUCUGGAGUAACACUGAGAUCUCCCUAGAAGACCUGGCCUUCAAGACGGAAGCCUUUGACUGGUACAGGUGGCUGGUAUACCUGACUCUGCUGCUGUUUGAUGUUCUGAUCUGUCUGCUGGUUCUGUUCGGACUGAUACGCAACUCUAAAGGCACUCUGAUUGGGGUGUGUUUGUUGGGUGUUCUGACUCUCAUCAUCAGCUGGGGGUCUCUGGGACUGGAGCUGGCAGCUGCCGCGACGGCCAGCGACUUCUGUGUUUCCCCGGAUACCUACAUCACCAGGGUAACCAAGGAGAACGCUGUCAUCAACCAAGGUAGGGGAACGAGGGAAGGACAAAGCUGGAUGGAAGGAGUUGGAGAAAUGUGGGAACAGAAGGGGGGAAGAGGAGAGGCAGGGAAAAGAAGGGACUGAAAGAUAGAUAGAACAACUACAGGAACAACUACAGGAACAAGGGCAGGGAAUGAAGUAGAGGGGGAAGUGAUAGAUGGAUGGAUGGAUCUCCGUCCUCUGGGUUCCAUCUUUUUGACAGACAGGUCAACCUUGACCCUGACACACACACUGUUUUCCCCACUGUGUGUGUGUUCCAGUAGGGAGUCUAUAUGAUGUUCUCUCCACUGUGUGUUCCAGUAGGGAGUCUAUAUGAUGUUCCAGUAGGGAGUCUAUAUG